AUGUUCGGCCACCUGCGGGAGAAAUUCCGCGAGGUCGCGAAGCAUCCGAAGGGCAUGCUCGCCGCGGGCAACAUCGUGCGGGAGCCCGGCCCCGUCGACGAAAAGGUGGCCACGGCGCUGGCGACCUACGACGCCGCCGUCGUGUCGUCCGUCGCCGUGGACAAGGGCUGCCACGCGGCCUGGGCCGAGGUCGCCGCGGCGUCCGAGGCCUUCGUCGACGCCGCGGGGCUCCUCCGGCUCCUCGCGCUCACUGACGACCUCGCGCGGCCGGGCGCGGCGCCGACCGACGACCUCGGCGCGGCCGUAUUGCGGCUCCGGCGGUGCGCGAGCGCCUGCGCCGGCGCCGUGCGGCGCCAGCCGCCGGAGCCCCUCGACGGCGUCGGCGCGACGUGCCGGACGUUCAACGCGUCGGAGCCCGCCGUGCGCAGGGCCGAGAAGGCCUACCGCGAGGCCUGCGCCGAGAAGCGCUACUACGACGGCCGCAUCAUGGAGCUCGACGGCGCGGCGCCGGCGGACAAGAAGCAGCGGCGCCGGGAGAAGCACCUCCGGGCCGUCGAGGGCCUCGACGCCGCGGAGCAGGCGCUCGCGGCGGCGCUCGGCGCCGCGCGCGCGCGCGCGGGCGCCGUCGUCGACGCCGCGGCGCCCCUCGACGCCGCCGUCGAACGCAUCGCCGCGGCCCUGCGCGAGGCCCUGGCCGCCGCGGCCGCGGGCGGCGGCGACGACGACGACGGCGACGACGACGCGCGCGACGACGACGACGACGACGGAGGCCCGGGCCGCGCGUCGCUCGCGGAGCGCGUGAAGCGCACGACCAAGGGCCUGCGCCGCGAGCUCACGCGGCUGAAGGUCGCCGCGAAGCACCGGGACUUGGGCGCGCGCGGCGACGGCGUCCGCGUGACGCCGCGGCUGGAGACGUGCGUCGAGACCUGGGCCGCGCUCAAGGACGCGGCGCCGCGCGUCGUCGAGCGCGUCGGCGACGCCCAGCGGGCCCUGCGCCGCCUCGCCGACGCGCUGGGCGCGGCCGCCGGCGGCGUCGCGGCCGUCGCGGCGGCCCUCGCGAAGGCGGAGGACCACAAGGAGAACUUCGGGCUCGGGCCGGGCCCCGCGGCCGCGUGGCCGGCCAAGCCCGCGGCCCGCGCCCUCGGCCUCGCGGCGCGCGCGCGCGCCGCCGCGGACGCGCUCGACGGCGCGGGCCUCGGCGACCUCCUCUCGUCGGACCGGGCGGCGGCGCUCGACGCGGGCCUCGAGCAGCGCGUCUCGCUCGCCGUCGAGGUCGGCCACUACGACGGCAAGACCGCGUCCCUCGAGGGCGCCGCCGACGGCGACCGCGUCGCGCGCAACGCCGAGAAGCGCGAGACGGCCGCGCGCCUCCUCGAGGAGCACGACCACCGCCUCGACGAGGCGUUCUGCGCCUACGACGAGGUCCGCGUCGCCGUCAACGCGCGCGCGGCCGCGGCCCUCCUCGGGGCCCUCGACGCGCUCUGGGGCGGCGCAAGUGGCGGCGCGGCGCCGCCCAUGUCGCGCUGGCUCGUCGUCGCCGCGGCCGCCAACGCCCUCACGGUCGACGAGAUCGGCGUGUGCUUCGUGCGGAACUACGUGCACUACGACGCGUCGCGCGGCGACCACGGCCUGCGGCUCGCCGAGUUCUACGACCUCCAGGCGGUGGCGAUGACGCUGCGGCGGCUGCCCCUGAGCCCCCGGACGUGCCUCUUCACGGAGGCGCCGGCGCGCGCCGUCGCCGCGGCCAUGGUCGCGCUCGGGACCCCGGAACUCGACGCGCCCAGGCUCUUCGACGUCGUGCUCGAACCGUCGAAGCCGCCGUUCGGCGGCCUCGGCGGCCGCUGGCCGGCCAUCGCCGCGGCCCUCGGGCGCCUCGGCGCCAUCAACGCGUCCCACGGCAUCGACAAGGGCACGCGGCUGCUGAGCCGCCUGUCGCGGCUCCACGACUACGCGCGCGCGCCGUUCGAGGUCACGCUCUUCGCGGACGACGACGCCGCUUCCUGGGCCGCGUCGCGGCGCUGA